GCCCUGCAGACCAUGAAGCUGGAGCCAAUAUCACCACCAAACAAUAUCAACAUGUCUGAUGCAGUAGCGGCAGAAGCGCCUGCCGCGCCGGUGACGGUUGUCAAGGGAAUGAAGAAGAAUGGCAAGCAGUGGCACGACAACAAGAGCGCCUUCCGACCCCGCGCAAACCAGACAUCGUGGGAUAAGCGAACAGCCGAGAGGAAAGCGAUGGCUGCAGUCAAGGCUAAGGAGAAGGAGCUGAAGGACGAAAAGGCAGCAGCAAAGCAGGCGCAAACCGACCGAAUCCGCGAGAAGCGUGCCGUGAAGGAGGAGAGGGAGCGCUUCGCCAAGAUGGAAGAGAAGAUGCACAAGAAGCGCGUAGAGCGCCUGAAGAGGAGGGAGAAGCGCAAUGCUAUGCUCAAGUCGUGAGCAAAUGCAAGGGUCACGACGAGCAGGGGAGCAGCGCGCCUCCCUCUGCGAUUCGGAUGGAAAUGCCUCACGAAGGCACACGGCAGCAAUACCACCACUAGCAAUGCGCAAAGGCACACACAACUGGAGACAUCCAGGUUCCAGGCCACGGUAGUCGAGAGCGGGCGCAACAUGCAUGCAUAUUGAACGGCGUUUUGGGUAGUCUUGGGAACAUUCACAUUUGGCACAUGCGCGCUGGGUCAUCGUAGGACAGCAUUAUGCAGUAUUCUUGAAUGGCACAGCUACAAGAAUUAAGAUAAACCUCAAGACAAACAUCAAAACAAAAAUCAAGACGACAACAGUGC